AUGAACGAUUCUUUGGAAUCAAAAAGAUAUCAAGCUAUUGCAUCAUUUGAUAGCUGCCAAGAGUGUACACCAACAUUACAAGAAGAUUCAAGAUUUUCUUUACUCCACCUUCGUGAGCGAACAAACCAUUAAAAAAUCCCUACCUAACAAAUUUUUAUGAAAACUAAUUUGAUAUAUACAGGUGAUAGUUAAUAUAAUAAAAUAUCUACCUAAUUCUGUUGAAUUUGAAAAAGCUCCUAUUUUAAAACAUAAAUUUUACAAAUUAAAUAAUAGUUGCUUCUAAAUUAUUUCAAAAAUAAAAAAAAUUUACUAUGGAAUUAAAAAAAUUACCCACUGAUCGAAAAAAAAUUUUUGUUGUUGACUAAAGUGAGUUAGUAAAUUAUGGACAAAUAAGCAGAAGUGCCAGCUUCAGGAUUGAAGAUAAAUUACUUCAAAAACAAAUUGGGGCUCAAAAACGGCUUGAUGAUCUGCGUAAGAAAAGAGAGCAAGAACUGCUACAAGAACUACAAGAAAAGCCCAAAAUUUCAAAUAAAUCCAAAGAGCUUGCCAAAAAGGCUGAUUUAAGAUAUCAUGAGCUACUAGCUGAUUUUUUAAAAGAAAAAGACACAAAGCACGAAAGCAUUGAAAAUUUUGAAGCAAAAGAUCAAAAACCUCAAAGAAAAGCAGCUAAUAUCAGCAAAGCAAUUAGUAGAGCAAAAUCAUCAGUGGAAUUUAAAGAUAAAAUAAAGUCUGAAAUAUUGAGAAAAUCCGUUGUAACUGCUGAAAAAGAGCAGAAAAUUAAUGUAAGAUUAAAGCCAAAAGAAGAAUUUAUAGUAAAAUUUGAUAUAAAAGACCAAGAAAAUGAAAAAAAAUUAUUAAACACAGAAGCAACCGUUGGGCAUGAAAGUCCUGAGCUUUCUCCUAUUAAAUAUGAAAUGAAAAGAGGAAAAGAUAAAAAACGACGAAAAAGUUUAUUGGAUUUAUCUGCAGCUGAACGUAGCAAGCUAUGAGAAGACCAAAAAAGAAAAAAAAUUGAAGCAAAAGUAAAAGCAAAAGAAGAAAACUCCAUGGUUGAGUGUACCUUUAAGCCAAUUAUUCACCAAGCUCCAAAACCUGCUAAAUCAUUAUGCUAUGCAAAGGAGAAUAUAAAAUAUUCUCAGAGUAGCAAACCUCAAAGCUCUGAUUCUUCCUUUUUAAGCUUUGAAAUUUUUCCACACAAGCGAGGGGGUUUUCUGAUAAUAAAAUAAAUAAAAAUCACCUUAUACCUUCCUCCCCCAAUAAUAAAGUACAUUUUCACCAAGAGGUUUUAGUACAAAAAAUUAAAAUAGUAAAUCAUAUAUGAGUAGACAAAACAUUUGCUUAUUAGGGUAAUUAUCAAAAUUUAAAUGUAGAAUUUUUUGGCAUUUAUCCUCAAUAAUAAGCGAAUUUCGACCCUCCUUACAAAUUCUAAAAUAAUCUAAAUAUGAAUUCAUAUGAAAUUUUAAAUAGGAAUUUUAUUUUUACCGUUUUCUGAUUUAAAGUAUGAUCCAAAUCAAUUUUUUUCGCGUAAUAACAUCUCCAGCUCCCAAAUAAACGUCUCAUUUAAAUCUGGAUGUAACUUAGACGAGCUCAUCUCAAGGUCAAAAAAUUUAUAA